CUUCAAACUUAGUUGUGAUAUUCGCAAAUGACUGGGACAUGGAAAAUGACUUCAAACAACCAUUCUUGUGAUGUUUUCAAGUCAACAACAUGAGUGAUAUGAUACGCACUGACCCAGCAUAUUUACACACAAUCAAAGUGAGAUGUUGAUGCAGAUAUUUAGGCAAUCCCUAUUCUUUGAGGCUCUCCACAUUGCUCCGGUCUGGGUGUGAUUGAAGGUUUGUGUAUGUGUGUAUUUGUUUUUGUUUUUGGCAGGGAGCCUGAUAUUCCAGCAUGGGCUCCCUUACUCUACCAGCUGCAGCUUCUGGACAUCAGAGAGAAGCCCGACCCUCUGAUUCUCCCAAUCUCGGACCGUAUGCGCAUCGGAAACCAGAAACGAGAGCGGGGGAACUUCCACUUCCAGAGGGAGGAGUACAGCAUGGCUGCCAGGGCCUACUGGAUGGCUCUGGAGGUCCUUACUACACGCACUAGAGGUAAUCCUUUCCUUCAUCAGGUGUGUCAUGCUACACACACGCAAGCAUAGAGGCGUCAUACCCAUAGGGGGCACAGGGGCACGUGCCCUCUCAGAUUUGCCCUGUUAAUAAAUAAAUACAUUUAAAAAAUGGUUUAUCUGUAAUACUACUAGCCACCUACAUAUGUAGGAUCUUAAUUUGAGCCAGUUUGUUAAAUCAGGAAGAUAAUCCUGUGGCAAUAGGAAAUUAUUAUGUGGAUUAUAAUGAAUGGACAUUUUUGUAUGCUUCGAUACAUUUUUCAUAAGGGAAAAUCAAUUAUGUAAUUUCAAAUAGGAAAUUACAAACUUCAGAGGCCUUUUUAAAACCUCAAAUACACUACACAUUUUAAAAUGUCCUGCAUUGCAGGAAAGUUCUCCUGCAACAGGGUGAUCAAAUGAAGUUCCUACAUCUGUAGCAAUUUUAUGAAGUUGGCUUUAGCUAGCUAGAUAGGUUUCCAAUCUCCCAACCUCAUAACUAGCUACCAAGAAGACAUUUCCGGAUCAAGUUAGAGUAGCUAGCUUGUCUAACUAUUUUAGCUGGCAUGCCUGCUGGAAAGGUUGGUAGACUUUAGAAAAGCAAACAAUUACUAAAUGUACUGAAUAAGACUCACAUUAUUUACAGAUGCAGAGAAGCAUAUUUAGUUUCUUAAAUAAAUAAAAAACACCAGUCAGGUGGAUACAGACAGCUCAAGAGGUAUGCUUAGAGAUAUACAGAAAAAUAUACAUAUUUUAGUAUAGAAUUAAGAAUAAUGAUUAUGGCUCUAGAUUGCAGGAAAAAGCUGUUUCAGGUGUUUGAAAAAUUAUAAAUUCUCCAACUUCCGUCCCACCCCCAGCCAUCCUGACAUACUUUUGCCCCCUCAAAUAUUCAUUUUACAUUUACAUUUAAGUCAUUUAGCAGACGCUCUUAUCCAGAGCGACUUACAAAUUGGAUAUUCGGUGUGCAUGACGCACCUGCGCACGCACACAGCUUUUAGUUAACUAGCACACUUCAGAAAAAUACAGUUUCCACAUUUCCAUGCAUGAUAGUCUCUUCAUGGCUUACUGCUAGUCCAUCUCAGAACUAAUCAUGCUAUCAUAAUGAGGAGGCAAAUCCAGCAGAGGUCACUGUCAUGAGAAAUGUUAUUGUUAAUUCUUAAUCAAACCUAAUAAACGUUCUUGUUAAUUCAAGGUCCUUAAUAAUGUUCAUUGCUGGAAAGGCAGGGUGGACCCAAGAGAGACAUUUAACAGAAAUGUGUCAGUGAGGAGAAGAGCAUGGGCUGCCUCUAAAUGUAUCAAUGAUGAUGGGCCAAUGGCUACAUUUUCCUCAGCACUUAACAAGAAAUGAAUAUAUUCGAUGCAAAAAGACUGCGAAUUUAGCAGGUUAGCAUUUUUCGUCAUGAAUCUUGUUCUGGAGGCAGCUCUGCAGAUUGGGGCUGUGCCAGCAAGUGACCAAAGUCAUUAAAUCGAACCCUAACCUUAACCACACUGAUAACCCUAACCUUAAAUUAAGACCAAAAAGCUAAUUUUGUUUUCAUGAAUUUUUACAAUAUAGCCAAUUUUUACUUUGCAGCUGGCCCAUCUAGCAGAAAUCACUCAGUUCUGCUGCAUGACAAUGCUUGAUGAGAUAAUGCAACAGAAUAUUCAGAAAUUCAAUACAUGGCAUAAAACCAUCAUUAAAUAUUUACAUUCAAAUUAUUACUGCAUAUCCCAACAGAUAUAGGUCCCUCCCUCCAUGUGUAGAAGUAGAAAAUGUAUAUAAAUUGAACUUGCAUCAAAACACUGAUUUACGUCUGUCGUGAUCAUUCACACUUGAAUACACAAUGGCAAUGCACCAAACUUUGGAUAAUGAUGACUUCUUCCUGGAUUUGAGUGAGAUGACGCAACCUUACCGUCUCUAUAAUAUACUGUAAAUCCUUGAAUAACUGCUCCUUCCCCUCAAUCUAAUCCUAACAUAGCUCUGCUAACAACAAUCCCUCACAGAUCUUAGACUAAUAACUCUCACUUCAGCUGUAACAGAGACUUCCAAACUCACAGGAGUGUCAAAGUCAGCGCUUCCAUAAUGGCGUUAAUGGAUUUUUACUGAGGCAAACAAACACACAGAUGUCCUUACAGUACAUCAAAUACCCAAAGUCUUUCCUCCCUUUAGUUCCUGUGAGUAUAUAAUUCUCCCUAACACCCAGAGAGACUGGGGCUCCAAGGAUAUAUACAUGACAAUAGCCCAGGUGUGAGAGGCUGUGUGGCCUGUUUCCCCCCCUGUAGAUGGUAGAAGUGAUGUGCUGUUGGAGGGGGAGGAGGAGGAGGUGCAGGACUACCGGGUGAAGUGUCUGAACAACCUGGCAGCGGCUCAGCUGAAAUUGGAGCAGUACGAUGACGCACUACACACCAGCCGGGAUGUUCUGUCCCUGGAUCCACAAAACGUCAAAGCCCUCUUCAGGACAGGAAAGGUGAGGGACACACUGUAACAUUACCUCCCCUUCACAAAUCUACGGUGCCUGGGUGGCAGGGGAAUUCAAUUACAAAACCCUAUUCAGACAUUAUAGAUGGGUGUAAAGAUGUACUGCCAUUCAACAUGUACUACUGAAACAUGUACAGUAUACAACUGAAGGAUGAUUGUUGAUUUAGCUGUUCAGAGAUAUUGCAAUCUAUUUGCAGCUUCUGUCAGACAAGAGCGAGUACCAGGAGGCAAUGGAGAUACUGAAGAAGGCCCUGAAACUGGAGCCGUCCACUAAGGUGAGAUAGCCUAUCUAAAUGAGGUUCUCAACACCUCCACCUCUCCCUAGCCUCUAGCCUGCUAGUGAAAUCCACACCCCCACAAACAGAUCAAGGGUCAAUGUCCACUACAGGUCCUUGAAAUCAUUGCCCAAUCAAACACACUCAGAUGACACUAGACCAGAGAUUCAUGAUUUUAUUUCCAUGUCUGGAGUAGAGUGUGACUCACAGUUCACAAUAAGUUUACAGAGUUAUGUACUAUUGCCCAAUACUGCCAAUGUUGAAGUACCUUUUGGCAUGGGUUUGUGUUGUAUUUUAAAGCACUUAGUGUUGGAUUUGCACAAUAUAGUUCAUCAAAGCAAAGCCAACCAAAGGUUUUAGAGCCUAACACUUUGCAGAGAUCAUUGUGUAGUGUUACUUCCAUUGCCACAGUGAAGACCUGUUCUGUGUUGCUCCUAGUGCUGUCUGCUAAAUUCUCUACUCAGCCACAAAGAUUUAAGACCCUGAUGUCACACAUUGAGUGAUAAAGCAAAUCAACAUUUUCAUUCAUUUAACAUUUGUAAUUAAUUCAGUUAGUUCUAGGCCUAACUCAUUAUGCUAAACAACUCCAAUGCUACCAAAAUACAAAGUGUGAAUAACAACAUUUAGAAACGUUUGCCCUUGUGGGUAGAAUUCAGAAUAUUUUGUGCUUGUUAGUUUUUUUAACCCAUGCUCUGAAUGUGUUUUUCUGUGGCCUCAGCCCCACUUGGCUUGACCUGCAGUGUGCACUGCUGUCGUGUUGAGACAGUCUUGUCUAGACAAAACUAAAAUAUCUGGUGCCUUGGUAAUUACACGCUUGUCUUGAUGGCGAAUAAAGUAAUCUUUCCCUUUAGAGACCUCAUUUAGCUGUGUGGGUAAGGAAUUGAAAAACAGAAACAUGAUUCUGAAUCCGAAUGAUCUAUAAAAGCCAUUUUGGGGUAUAAGUUAGACCAAAAACCAAGGGUUGGAACCAGUUCAGGGAACAGAACAGAAAACUGAAAAAUAACAACAUUUUUCAAGGAACAGAAACAGAACCGGAAACAAAAGUGAUCCAUACCGUUAUUUUAAAAGCAUGGGAACCGGUUAAGAACUUUAUUUUACUUCCAGGCAUUUUUCUCUAGCCCCACAAAAAAACGCAACAAAGUGCCUAUGCAAAGCCCUCACUCUGUCACUCAGAAACAUAUUCCAGUGUCUGCCUGCAAGCUGAAAAUGUGUGCGUUUAGGCUACCUAUCUAUAUUCCAAAUCAUGUGAAAUCUAUAGAUUAGGGCCUAUUGAAUUUAUUUCAAUUGACUGAUUUCCUUAUAUGAACUGUAAUGCAGUAAAAUCUUUGAAAUUGUUGCAUGUUGCAUUUAUAUUUUUUAUUCAGUGUAGUUAAAGAAGAAUGGAUUAACUUUUUCAAUGCUAGUUAAGGAUACUAUAGGCCUAGAUAUCACGUUUCACGUUGAAUUUAUUAACUACAAAAAGGUAAGAGGUGUUUUUAAUUCUGGUGCUGCUCUGUACACACAAGCUUGUUAGCUAGCUAGCUAGCUCAAAGGACAUUCAAAGUUCCUCCAUAGAAGCCGCUCCUCCUAGGUAUAAUUAUGUGGACCUAGCUAUAAAAGCUUGCCAGCUUGUAGUCCUAAAACCCGGAAAUAAGUUACCUCUGGUUCAUUCAGCCAUCCCUAUGGAAAAAAUGAAUGGGGAAAGAAUAGGGUUUUGGAAUAAACGCCAAACAUAAGGUUAUUAACACAGUCUUAGGAGAUCUUAUACAUUUUGUUAUAUGAGAUAAUAACAAUCAGGUAACAUGCCCUUUAUGAAUUAUGAAGCCUUUGUCAUUUAUGUGUUUUAUUAUUACAUAAAUUCUUCAAAAUUCUCAAAAAGUGAGUUAGCUGAUGAAGAUGAUCUAGAACAAAACGUAUAAGAUCUCCUAAGCAUGUGUUUGCCAUAUACAGUGAGGGAAAAAAGUAUUUGAUCCCCUGCUGAUUUUGUACAUUUGCCCACUGACAAAGACAUGAUCAGUCUAUAAUUUUAAUGGUAGGUUUAUUUGAACAGUGAGAGACAGAAUAACAAAACAAAAAUCCAGAAAAACGCAUGUCAAAAAUGUUAUAAAUUGAUUUGCAUUUUAAUGAGGGAAAUAAGUAUUUGACCCCUCUGCAAAAUAUGACUUAGUACUUGGUGGCAAAACCCUUGUUGGCAAUCACAGAGGUCAGACGUUUCUUGUAGUUGGCCACCAGGUUUGCACACAUCUCAGGAGGGAUUUUGUUCCACUCCUCUUUGCAGAUCUUCUCCAAGUCAUUAAGGUUUUGAGGCUGACGUUUGGCAACUCGAACCUUCAGCUCCCUCCACAGAUUUUCUAUGGGAUUAAGGUCUGGAGACUGGCUAGGCCACUCCAGGACCUUAAUGUGCCUCUUCUUGAGCCACUCCUUUGUUGCAUUGGCCGUGUGUUUUGGGUCAUUGUCAUGCUGGAAUACCCAUCCACGACCCAUUUUCAAUGCCCUGGCUGAGGGAAGGAGGUUCUCACCCAAGAUUUGACGGUACAUGGCCCCGUCCAUCGUCCCUUUGAUGCGGUGAAGUUUUCCUGUCCCCUUAGCAGAAAAACACCCCCAAAGCAUAAUGUUUCCACCUCCAUGUUUGUCGGUGGGGAUGGUGUUCUUGGGGUCAUAGGCAGCAUUCCUCCUCCUCCAAACACGGCGAGUUGAGUUGAUGCCAAAGAGCUCGAUUUUGGUCUCAUCUGACCACAACACUUUCACCCAGUUCUCCUCUGAAUCAUUCAGAUGUUCAUUGGCAAACUUCAGACGGCCCUGUAUAUGUGCUUUCUUGAGCAGGGGGACCUUGCGGGCGCUGCAGGAUUUCAGUCCUUCACGGCGUAGUGUGUUACCAAUUGUUUUCUUGGUGACUAUGGUCCCAGCUGCCUUGAGAUCAUUGACAAGAUCCUCCCGUGUAGUUCUUGGCUGAUUCCUUACCAUUCUCAUGAUCAUUGCAACUCCACGAGGUGAGAUCUUGCAUGGAGCCCCAGCUUCCAUUUGCGAAUAAUCGCACCAACUGUUGUCACCUUCUCACCAAGCUGCUUGGCGAUGGUCUUGUAGCCCAUUCCAGCCUUGUGUAGGUCUACAAUCUUGUCCCUGACAUCCUUGGAGAGCUCUUUGGUCUUGGCCAUGGUGGAGAGUUUGGAAUCUGAUUGAUUGAUUGCUUCUGUGGACAGGUGUCUUUUAUACAGGUAAUAAACUGAGAUUAGGAGCACUCCCUUUAAGAGUGUGCUCCUAAUCUCAGCUCGUUACCUGUAUAAAAGACACCUGGGAGCCAGAAAUCUUUCUGAUUGAGAGGGGGUCAAAUACUUAUUUCCCUCAUUAAAAUGCAAAUCAAUUUAUAACAUUUUUGACAUGCGUUUUUCUGGAUUUUGUUGUUGUUAUUCUGUCUCUCACAGUUCAAAUAAACCUACCAUUAAAAUUAUAUACUGAUCAUUUCUUUGUCAUUGGGCAAACGUACAAAAUCAGCAGGGGAUCAAAUACUUUUUUCCCUCACUGUACCUCAUUUUUCGGCGUUUAUCCAAAAACACCAUUCCUUUUCCUCAUAGGCUUUGUCCAACAAACCAUGGCGGAGUUGGUGCCUACAAAAAUACGCCAUUACUAUUUAUCUCUAUUCAGAUAAUGCAUAUCAUUACAAGAUGCCCAGCGCUUCAAGCCUCUUCCUCAACCCUCUCUCAGGUAAUGGCUAGAAGGGAUCCUGCUUUAUUUAUUUAUUUAUUUUUUGCAUUUUAGCUAACCCCUCACCCUUUUCCUACCUUAACGUAAUUCUCCUAACCUGCUACGUUAAUUAUCCUAACCUGCUGCGUAAAUUCUCCUAACCUGCUGCGUAAAUUCUCCUAACCAGCUACAAAAAGUCAAAUCUGACGUUAAUUGGACAAAAGCUGGAUCCCUUCUAACUAACACCCCUCUCUCGCUCUCUCCCCACCCGCAAAAUUUCAGUCGCAUCUUGCGCCAUAGGCUACACUUGUCUGUCCAUCAAGCAUGUUAACAACUAGCUUGCCUGUUCUAGCCGCACUGAUUGGUGAAGUAAUUUAAUGAGCUAAAUGAAGAAAAGAAAACUGUUGAUUUCACAGAUUAAAAAAGGAACAGAAAGGAAUGAUAUAACCGGUACUUUAUUUUAUUUGUGUGGUUCGAACCGGUUCAUAACUUUAUUUGGCAGGUCGGAACAGUGUAAUGGAAUGAAAAAAAAUUGUGGUUGUGUUCCGAACAAAACGAUUGGGAAAUAAUUUCAGUUCCAACCCCUGCCAAUAACAGUUCGUUUUCAGGUUACACAUCCCUCCCAUUAGGCUACCAAGACCCUAUAGUGGUCCAAAUGCAAAGAAAUGCUAAAUAAAGUAGGCUACAAAACAUAAGACAACUUUGAUUAUGAGAGCUUAACAGGAAACUGGUUAAUAUUUGUUGUCUAAUAUUUGUUGAAAAUACUUUUUAUGCUAGAAAGAUAAACUAAAUUUGAUUGUCAACGUUAGGGGAUCUGAUUCAAUUGUAAAGUCCAACUAUGGCUUGAGCCGGAGAUUGCAUUUAAUAUGAUCUAUGCUGUCAUCUACUGGACAACUCCUAAACUACAACCUCAUACUCAAUGACAAUCCACCCAGCCCUCUUUACUGCUAAAAUACUUAACCUAGACCACUUUACUGCUAAAAUAAUAAAUUGUAUUGUACAAGAUUGUGCAUAAGGUUAUUAGGAUAAGUAGUCACCACAGUCUCUCUUUCCCUUCCCAGGCCAUCCAUGUUGAGUUGUCCAAGCUAGUGAAAAGGCAAUCAGGAGGCAAAGAUACCCAGAAGUGGCAAGCCAAACCUGCCCGGCUCCUUGGAGACAAUAUUGCUCCUUUUCUGACUCCUUCUAAAAAGAAGCCACCUGUAAGCCACUGAGAACUUUCCCUGAGUGAAAUGUUUAGGUUUAAUUCAGUUCACGAGAAAAAUACAUUUGACUGUUUGUUGACAUUGCGUCACUUGGUGUUUCAGGGAAUUUCAUGGACGUUCCUGCUUGGUGCUCUGGUGGUGGCCUUGGGCAGUUUAGUGACGUCAGUGGUUCUCACUGCAAGAAACUGACGUCCUCUACAAAGGAACUGUCCUCUAGCUCAUGAAUACUAAACUGAGUUGUCUACUGUGAAUAAAAUGAAAUAAAGAUUGCACUGAACGAUGGAAAAACCUGUAUCAAUGUUCACUGACAUAUUGUAGCAGCACCGACAUUUACACCACAGAUUGUAUUUAUUUGAGCGUAACAGAGUAAACUAAUGGCACUUCUUCCAAAGAAUAUAUAUUUAUUUUUUUU